AUGUCCUCCCCCAAGGCCGCCCACUACAACGCCGCCCUCAACGCCGCCCUCACAGCGGGCAACUGGGCAGCCAAUGCCCCCGCCACAGCCCCCCGCGGCGCACAGCUCGAGUGGGGCGAGCUCGUCCGCAAGUGGGGCAAGCACACCGGCGGCAACGUCCAGCUCGUCCAUCAUCUCCGCGACAUCUCCCUCGCCUACCUCUCCACAAGCGGGCACAGCAUCUCCAGCUCGGGAUUUCUUGCCCUGCCGAACAACGACGCCUCCCAGUCGAUCGAAUCGUCGCCAUCUGCGACCACUUCCGCAGACAGUGGCUCUCAGACCACGUCCUCGUUCGUCCACAUUCCCCAUCCCCAUCUCCACAGGCGGCAUAGGAACCAGGGGUCGGUGGAUGAAAGCGUGGCAGAGUCUGGCAACACGGUGAAACCUCAGGCCGAGGGGACGCACCGCGCAGCAUACUUGUCUGAAGGCGAUCUUGAUGGAGAUGACUAUGAAGACCAGCGGGCUUGGGCGAUCGAUAGAGUAUGGUGGAUGGGAGUAGCGUCUCAGAACGCCGAAGAGGUGCAAGAGGGAGUCAGAGCGCUGGAGAGCAGUAUCGACAGCGGCAAGCUGUCUCCGGCCGAUGUGCAGUCUGCCAAGCUUAUCCUGGCAUACCAUCAACACGCGUUAGGAAACCACAACGCCGCCUUGAGGGUAUACGAGACCGUGGACUGGAGUACGGAGAACAGAUUCGGAGUGGUGGAGGGAGAUGCGGCCGUCGUAGAGAGAAUACGAGGAAGGUGCUUACAAGGUAUCUCAUACGAGCUCUCUUCUCCUUCAAAUGCCCUUCUCGCCAUACAAUCAUACCUGUCCACCAUUCCUCUUUUACAAUCCCUCCAAUCCUUCACUCUGCCCAUACCCUCCUACCUCGGCAAGUCGCCAGCCAAAGUAGCUUCAUUCGAGGCCCAUCGCGAAGUCUUCCGCUUCAUCUCCACUGCCCUCGCCCGAGCGGCUGUCCUCUCUUCUCGCGCAUCUGGUCAAGAGGCUCGGCAACAGGAUUUGCAGAUCCUUCGCACGUUCCAUGCCCUGAGCUCAAAUUGGCCAUCCGGCUUCCGACCCGUUCAGCGUCAAAAGCUGCUCAUCCUCUACCUCCGCGCUCUCCAUUCUUCCCCCUUCACAUCAGGGCCCUUGCUGUAUGCUUCUCCAGCCCCAACUGUCCCCCCUGCACAAUUGUGGCAUUCUGAAGUGGUACAUGCCCUGACGCAGGGAAAGAACCUGUUGAACCACACCACCUCCUUCCCCCGCGCGGGGGCGGUCAAUCACCCCGUCCUGCUCUUCGCAACCCUCUCCACCCACCUCUACGCCCUCUCCCCUCAUUCCUCGCUCUCAGAGACCACCCUCGACCUGCUCUGGUGGGCCAUGACCCUUACAUUCCAGUCCCAGUCAAUCUUGAGAAAUCUCUUGAGGGUGAUGGUGGAUAGGAAAGACUGGGUGGACGCGAAAAGGAUUUUUGGGCUGUAUGUGGACCUGGUAUUGAAGGCUAGACAAACAGUGUCACCUGAAGUAAACCUUCAGCUUCAAAAACGCCCUUCCGACGAAGACCCUCAUCUCAAACCCACCACGGCCUCAGGCGUCGUGCCCUCCCCGCGCCCCGCCGCCGACUCGCCAACCCCUCCGCACGGAGCAGAGGCGGAUGACGAUUACGAUUUUGUGAGGACCCUUCUCAUGGGCGCGAGGUUGUUGAGCGAGCAUACGAAUGAGCCGGAAGAGGCUUGGCGAUAUGUGACGCUUGCGGGGGAUGUCGUGUCUGUCUCGCAGACCUUGGGACAGAAGAGUAAGGCGAGAAAAGUGUUGGAAGGGCGAGUUGAAGAGGCCAAAGGUGUUGUGAGGAUUGUCAUGUCGAGGAGUAAGCCAUGCCCACUGCGAUAUAGCAACGAGCUGAUAAGAGUAGCCACGGAUCCUCUCCAGAGGGCGACUUUCCAGUCCCAAGCUCUCAACCAUCUUCUCAGCUCCACCAUCCUCCUCCCCACAUCUCCCUCUGCAUUCUACCACCUCGCGCACGCUUACGCCGCCGCCCGCCAAGUCCCCGAAGCCACCGAGGCUGUCCGCCGGGCCCUCGAACUCGAGGGCGAUGAACAAGCCGAGCUGGGGGAGCACGAUGAGAAGGAGAGGCCGGUGGGCGUGGAAGGGUGGUUGUUGUUGGGGAUCUUGUUGACUGCCCAUGGGGAAUGGAAUGCGGCUAGAAAGGCGUUGGAAGCUGGUAUCAGUAUCUGGGAAGACGCCGAUGCUUUGCCCCUCACGGUCGAGACGGUACCGUCGGUUGCCCCGCUUCUACAACCGUCCGGUCUUCCACCGACUUUACCUACUCUACCACUCUGCCCGCCAACGCCAGACACCAAGCUAUCUCAGGUCAUCCGUCUGAGGACGACCCUCAAUGGGGUGGUCGAAAAGAUGAGGGGGUGUGAAGAGGCGAUGGUCAAGCAGCAGGAGCUGUUUGCAUUCUUCUCGGGCAGGUGUGGAUUGGUGUCGGAGAGGAAGAGGAGUGGUACUGUUGGUGCUGGGGCUAGUGCUGAAUUGACUGGGUUCAGAGAGGGUGGUUUGGAUGGAAGUUAUAUCAGUGUGAGGGACGAUUUACCUCAAAUACAUACACCAGGCCAACAAUCAUCCGCUGGAUCCAUUCAAGGCCCCACCCUCGCCCAGCCUAUCCCGCGUACAUCCUCUCCGCCUGCCGGAGACGCUCUCGAUGUCCCCCAACCUCGGUCAAUCUCUCUCAGAGGAAGAGACCGAGCUGGAAGUUUGAGGAGGGGACUUGGCAAGCACCUGAACGUCUCCAGGGCUUCUGCUGUUGCCGGGGGUGAGGCAGAGGGGUCAGAGGCGGAUGGUUCUACCAGGUUGCGAUCGCCGUCGACUGCACCUUCAAUCGCCCCCACCGCCAUCCACUCCACCUACCGCUCUUCCCGUACGCCUGCUCCUCCACCUCCAUCCCAGCCUUCUUCUGCGCCGGAUCUGCAUACAAAGGAAGAGAAGCGGAUUCUGAGUGAUUUGUGGUUGAGCAGCGCGGCGACUUUCAGGAGGUGGGGCAAGACGGAGCAGUGUCUUGUGGCGGUGAUGGAGGCUGAGACUUUGGACCCCGGAAACCCGGACGUAUGGGUGCAGUUGGGCCUGUACCAUAUCGCCACCAGCCCCAAGGAGGGUGAGCCGGCAUAUGAAGGGAAGAAGAGGCAGCAAGAGGUAGUCUGGAAAAAGGCAGAAGCGGCGUUUGUCAAGGCAUUGUUGAUGAAGCCCGACUAUCCUCAAGCGAUAAUCGGGCUUUCAAAGCUGUAUCUCGCAUCGCCAUUCACACCCCCGCCCCGCCCUACCCCACCGCUUCCCUCGCCCGCCCAGUCGCAGGAUGAAAAGGCCGCAGCGCCCGAGCUAGUACCGUCUUUGCAGGGACCCGACCUCGCCGAGUCUUUGCUGAACCAGCUGACGCAGGCUCAUGGGUGGGAUGAUCCCAUGGCGUGGUUCUUGCUGGGUAAAGUGGCAGAGAGGCAGGGGAGGGGAGAUAGGGCUAGGGAGUGCUGGGAGUUUGCUUUGGGGUUGGAGAAGGGGAGAGGUAUCACGGGAUGGGAUGUGGCGAAGGAAUGGUUGUAAUGAUUGGAAAGGAAGAUCUUAUAGAUAUAUUCUGCGCUGAUAUGAUAUGAUACACUUCGCUUUGCAUACCGUGCGAUCGUUGAGAUAUAAUCGGGCUCUUCAGCGAUAC